GGGCACCGCUGCCCGGGACGAGGUAGUGCUGGUGGUCGCUGCUAGGCUGUAUCGUGCCCGUCAGUCUCAGUAGCCCCCGCGCCGCCGCCGCACGCUCAGUGCCGUGUCUGUGUUGCUCGCCCGCCCUCACACCCACCACCUGAGAGCCUCCUCCUGGCCACACCCAGGCUCCCUGAGUGCAGGGCCUUUGGCACUUGUUGGGUGACGCCUUUCUGUUGACGGAAGUGUCACUGCCGAUGUCGUUCCUGCCAAAAGUUUGACAAGUGCUUGCUCAUAACAGUUUUUACUUGAUUUUUACACUUCCAUUCAUUAGAGGACUCGACCCAGCAAGAGUCUGUUUAUGAGUGAAAAAUGCAUUUUACUGAAGCCUAUGUUUAGUGUCGGUUGUGGGAAAAGAAGUAUCUAAUAUCAGAAAUAAAAAAAUAUAAUGUUUCAAGUUCAUACAAGCUGUUGAGCUGUAUUACAAGAUUUAUUUUUUGGUUGUAUGCAAAGUGACCGAAUGUUUUGGAAGUGAAGUGCAUUUGAAGUGGAAUGGGAAACGUAGAAGGUAAAGCGACCGGAGGAAGGCGGCGCGUAGAUCCCCCUUACUGCACGGCACGCCCCCUUCCUCCUCUGCCGAACGACGACGAGGAGGAGGACCUGGACCUUGAUUCUCCGCCUCCGUACCCGCCUCCGCCGCCGCCUUCAGAAGAGCGGUCCAAGCGGUAUUCCUGGCGGAUGUCUGACUCCGCCGUCUUUGGCCAAGGCGAAAAUAAGAGGCGCUCGUGGCUACUCAACUUAACCAACGGAGGCGACAAAACGAAGAGUAAAAUGGCGAAAGACGGUAAGGAUGUCGAUGAUGUUAACAGUAAGAUCAGUGUAGGUAGCAUGGAUGUGUCAGGGGGAGUUGGAGUGAAAGCUUCCUUUAAUGAACCACAUAUAAAUAUCCAAGAAAAUUCUUGGACUGUAGAGGGGAAGCCCGACGCAAACCAAACGACGGGGAAAGAAUCCCAUGUGUUUAUGUACAACAUUUCUGAUAAGGAAAAGGCGAUGCAUGGAGAGAAAGUCAUAAAGAUGAAGACUGAGUAUGUGAGAGGAGAAGACAGUAGUGCACCAGGAUACAGUGUUCUUCACGAAUGUCUUCAGCAUGACAUGAACUCUGAAGGCAGAAUGAUUCAUGAUCAAAACAAUACACAGCUUCCAUCUUUGGAUCUUAGCUGUACAUCCAACAUGAGUGAUGAGCUGAAAAACGUCAUUGACGAGCUUCGAGGCAAGCCAUCCACUGAAGACAGCACUGUAUUUAAAACUGUAUCUGAACAUAAACGAUUUGUCAGUAUCACAACUACGACUAAGAAGGAAGUAUCUUCGCAUAUUAAUAUUAAUGGCAAAGAAUAUAGUUCAACCACAAAUGAUUCUCUUAGUAAGCUGGAGGCAGAACUAAGUGCGUUGCUCUCUCCUGAACUGGAAUUACACACCAAUUCUGAGACAGUCAGUAACAAAAACACUUCCGUUUCCAUGCGUAUGGAAAAUGGGCAUGGGUCUGGGGCAAAUGUGGGGUUAGGUUCUAGCACCAGUCAGGCUCAUAGUUCACAAGUAAACCAAAGCUAUAACAUAUCAGUGACACCGACACUUCCAUUACCAGACAUUCAAGAAUUCUCUGGGAAAGGUAUUCCAUUGCUGCCUGACCUUGUGAAGGGCAACAAUAAGGGAGCCAUUACUGUUGAAAGUUCACUACAGGGGCGUGACAAAAAUGUAAAUGUGGGGGCGGGAGGCAGUAUAACCGGCCCAACUUGUGAUGUUCAAUUUGACAAAAGAGGAGAUUUUGGAGUUGGAAGAUUAGAUACAAAGUUUGAUAGUUCAUUACCACAGGGUAAAGGAGAAAUUGAUGGAUUACACAUAGGGGGAGCUGUGUCAGGUCCCAGAUUAGAGGUGUCAGCUGAAGGUAGCAAGUUCCAUACUCCAGGGGUAGCCUUGGCAGGUGAGAGUCUGCCACGGGGAGAUGUCAGCAUGUCAGUGGAGCCAGGGAUUCCUGUUGCACCUGAUGUAGGCAAGCCUGCCACUAAGAGUAAGAAACAAUCAUCUGGUCCUUGUGCUUGUUUGAGCAGUCCUAAGAAAAUCGAACAAGAAGAACCAUACAUAUCAGCGGGGGUUCAAGGGGAAGGCAAAGGAGAAUUACCGUCAGUGCCUGCUGGCUCAGUAGAAGUAGAAGGGAUAGACUCAGGUCUUAGAACCGAAGGUACAGUUACUGCAAAGAUUCCCCAGAAAAAACGCUCUGGUCCAAAAUCUAAACUUGGAUCAUGUUUUGGUAAACCCAAAUCAUCUGAAUUUGAUACCCCAGAAGCAGAUAUUAAAGGAGAGGUUGAAAUUAAGAGUCCAAGACCAACUGCGGAACCAAGAGCAGAAGCUAGUGUAAAUAUCCAAGUACCAGAUGAGAAUGUCAAAAUUGGGAAAGAUCCAGAGAAGAAAAAGGCAAAGUUUGGCUCAUGUUUUGGGAAGCCUAAAGAACCAGAGUAUGAUGUAAAGGGAGAAUCAUACAGAGUGAUAUCAGAUGAACCAGAAUUUGAAGGCAAGUUAGAUGUUGGUGCUGUAUCACCAACACCUGUGCCUCAAGUCAGUCUAGCAACAACCGCAGGUGAUAUCAGUUUUCAGACAAAACCAACAAAUGUUUCACCAUCUUUGAAAUAUGACAUACCCGAUUUCCCAAAAGUUGAGGCUAAUGUGGAAACUAGGGCAGGGGUAACUGGAGAAAUUGAGGGUGGUUUUUCGGGUGAUAUCCAUAAGGGAGAUGUACAGAUCGAAGCAAAUGCUCCAAAGAUUGGUGGUCAAAUUGCUAGUAAAGAAUACACAGCAGACAGUGACAUUUCCGGAAUUCCAGGAAAUAUGGAUAUCAAUAUUCCAGGUUUCAAAUUCUCCCAAAGUACUCCUAAAGCUACAAUAGAAGGGUCAUCAAGAGCUAACUUUGAUAGUGACAUCAGUCUCGACAUUGAAGGAAAGACUCCAGAUGCGAAGAUUAAGGGAGAAAUCCCUGGCUUGUCUCUCGAAGGUAAUUUGCCAAGUAUGUAUGCAUCUGGGGAAAAGACAAAUAUCAAAUAUUCUGAAGAUACUCCUGAAGUGAAAAUAGAAGGAAAACUACCAGAACCUAAAGGAGACUUCAAUGUUGACCUUGGAAUUGAUUUGCCACAUGUAGCUGGGGCAGAAAAAGAACUGGAAAUCAAAGCUGCAGGUGUGUCAGGUGUUGCUGUUACGGGCGACUUACCUGUCAUUGAUGUCCCCAAAGGAGAGGUUUCCAUACCAAGCAGUCCAAUCAAGCCAUCUGUAGGAAUUAAAGCUGAAGUUAAAGGUCCAAAGGGAUCAACAUCCCUUGAUGUACCUAAUGUUAAACCAAAGACAAAGAAAGCUAAGUUAGGUCCAUGUGCUUGUUUAGGGAAAUCAGGCAAGAUGGAUAUUGAAGAACCAUAUAUAGAAAAGGAAGGUGAAGUUAGUGGAAGAUUUGAAAAUGUUGAUGCAGACAUAGGAGUUCAAGUAGAGGGACCAAGGGUAAAGGGGCCUGAAGCCCAAAUUUCAGUUGAUGUUGAAUCUCCAGAGACAGAAAGAAGGAAAGCCAAGGUAUCAGGAAAGCCCAAGAUGUCAUUAGGAUCUUGCUUUGGAAAAGCAAAGCCACCUAGUGCCCAUGGUGAUUUAUCAGGUGAUGCUGGUGUUGAAGGAAGCAUUUCUGCUGAGCCACACAUCAAAGUUAAAGGAGCAGAUGUAGAAGGCCCAAGUGCAGAUAUUUCCCUUCCUAGAGGAAAGGCUGAAAUUGACAUUGAAUCUCCAGAAAUUAAAGCAAAAGGAGGAAAAGUGUCAGGCAAACCAAAGAUGAAAUUUGGGCCAUGUUUUGGUAAAGCUAAGGGUAAAGAUGUAGAAGCAGAAAGUGAAUACAAAAUUGAAGGCCCAUCUGUUAGUGGUGAGAUUAGUCCUUCAUCACCUGAGCUAAGAGCAGAUGUCAGUGUUGAAUCACCUAAAGCCAAAAUCAAAGGUGAGAAACCCAAAACAAAGUUUGGAUCUUGCCUUGGAAAACCCAAAGAGCCAAAAGUUGAAGGUGAAUAUCAAGUAGGAAAAAUAGCUGUUGAAGGUCCUGAAGUCAGUAGUAAAGUAGAAAUUCCUUCUGGUGAGGCUAGUGUUGCAUCACCAGCAGUGAGUGUAGAUAUCAGUGCUAAAUCACCUGAAGCUAAAAUCCAAGGGGAGAAACCUAAAUCUAAGCUGGGAUCUUGUUUUGGUAAACCAAAAGGCCCAAAAGUUGAAGGAGAAUAUAAGCCUGUUAGAGUUCAAGCUGAAAGUUCUGGAGCCAGUGGUGAGAUUAAGGUCGCAUCACCAGAGAUAAGAGGAGACAUUGGUGCCAAAGCCCCUGAAGUAGAAAUCAAAGGAGAAAAGCCAAAGUCAAAACUUGGAUCUUGCUUUGGGGAACCCAAAGGCCCUGAUGCUGGGGGUGAAUACAAAUCAAGUAAACUAGAAGUUGAAGGUCCAUCUGUUACUGGUGAGGCUAGUGUUGCAUCUCCCAAGGUUAGUGGAGAUGUUAGUGCCGAGUUGCCAAGAGGUGAAAUUAAAGGAGGAAAGCCCAAAUCUAAGUUGGGAUCAUGCUUUGGGAAACCUAAAGAACCGAAAGUGGCAGGUGAAUACAAACCAGCUGAAGUAAACAUCGAUGAGCCAUCUAUUAGUGGUGAGGCAAGUGUCAAAUCACCAGAGCUAGGUGGAGACAUUGGCAUUCAAUCAUCAAAAUUCAGUGGAGAUGCAAGCAUUAAACAUACAGAUGCAGAGAUCAAAGGAAAGAAGCCAAAAUCCAAUUUAGGAUCAUGUUUUGGGAAAUCUAAAUCACCAGAAAUUGAAGGAAAGGUUGAAGCAGAAAGACCAGAGAUCAGUGGGGAAGUUGGUAUUUCAUCACCAGAGCUUAAAGGUGAUGUAAAUAUUGAAUCACCAGAUGUAAGAAUUAAGGCAGAAAAACCGAAAUCAAAAUUGGGAUCAUGUUUCGGUAAACCUAGCACACCUAGAGCAGAAGGUGAAUACAUGGUUAGUACUGAAAAACCUGAAGCAGAGGCAGGAGUUUCAGUCAGAUCUCCUGCUAUUAAGGGUGAUGUUGAUCUAGAGUCCCCCGAGAUAAAGGUGAAAGGCAGUAAACCAAAGUCCAAACUUGGAUCAUGCUUUGGGAAACCAAAAAGUGGAAAGAUAGAAGGUGAAUACAAGCCAGGAAGUGUUGACAUAGAAGGUCCUGAAGUGAGUGCAGGAGCCAGUGUCAAGCCUCCUACCAUUGAAGGAGAAAUUGAUGUUGAAUCACCUGCAGUAGAAGUGAAAGGCAAGAAGGUUUCUGGAAAGCCGAAAGCCAAACUAGGAUCAUGCUUUGGAAAACCCAAAGAACCUAAAGUUAAAGGAGAAAUAGACAUUGAAGGUCCAAGAGUAGAAGGUGAAGUGCCUACUGGGAAAGCUGAAGUAGGUGUCAAGGCUCCUGAGAUGAAAGUGAAGAGUAAGAAGGUAAAAGGAAAAUCUGCUCCACUAUGUGCUUCAUGCAUUGGAAAGGCAUCACCUCCAGAUGUAGAUAUAGAUGCUGAUGUAGAACCAGGAAGCAUUAAGAUUCGUCCAGAAAAACCAAGCAUGGAAGGAAAAAUAUCAGUAGAAGGUCCAAGUAUUGAUGUUGAACCAGUAAAAGUAAACGUAAAGGGACCUUCAAUGCCUGAAGUACCAGAAAUGAAAGGUAAUUUGGAUGUGGAAGCAGAUCUACCUGAUUUUGAACCAUCCAUUAAAAUCAAGGGUGAUAUUCCAGAUAUCCCGAAAGUAGAAGCAGAAAUGGGAGGAAAAGCAGAUAUUCCAGAAAUUGAAAUCAAGGGUAAUGUGCCAGCACUUCCAAAGAUAGAAGCAAGUGUGGAUGCACCUGAAUUGAAAGUGGAAGGAGAGCUCCCAAAACUGAAAACGGAAGGUGAUAUUGACAUUGGAAUAAAUGUUCCAAGUAUAUCAGGAGAUAUUAAGGGACUGAAUAUUGAAACACCCGACUUCCCAAGUGGCAAAAUUGAAGGAGAUAUUAAGGGUGACUUACCAAGCAUUGAGAUUCCUAAAGCUGAAGUCUCUCUACCAGCAGGCCCUGAAUUACCAAGUGCAGAAAUCAAGGGAGAAUUGAAGGGUCCAGAGAUCUCAGGUUCAGCCCAAAUACCAAAGGCAGAACUGAAGACAAAGAAAGCAAAACUUGGUCCAUGUGCUUGUUUAGGCAAAUCAGGCAAAAUUGGCAAAGAAGAACCAUACAUGGCUGCAGAAGCUGGAGGAAAAAUAAGUGGAGAAGUUGAAGGUGUAGAUGUGGGUGUAGAAGGACCCAAAGGUAGUGUUGCAGUAGAUGUUGAAUCACCUGAGAUAAAGGGUAAGAAAGUAAAGGCCUCAGGCAAGCCUAAGAUGUCAUUAGGAUCAUGCUUUGGGAAAGCAAAGCCACCUAGUGCCCGUGGUGAUGUAUCAGCUGAUGCUGGUGUUGAAGGAAGCAUUUCUGCUGAGCCACACCUCAAAGUUGAAGGAGCCGAUAUUGCAGGUCCAAGUGCAGAUAUUUCUCUUCCAGAAGGAAAGGCUGAAGUUGAUAUUGAAUCCCCAGAAGUUAAAGUGAAAGGAGGAAAAGUAUCAGGCAAACCCAAGAUGAAAUUUGGACCCUGUUUCGGCAAAGGCAAAGAUGUAGAAGUAGAAGGUGAAUACAAAUCAAGUAAAGUAGAAGUUAAAGGUCCAUCUGUCAGUGGUGAAGUCAGUGCAGCCUCACCUGAAAUGAGUGGAGACAUUAGUGUUGAAUCACCUAAAGCUAAAAUCCAAGGAGAAAAGCCUAAAUCUAAAUUAGGAUCCUGUUUUGGGAAACCCAAAGGGCCAAAGGUGGAAGGUGAAUACAAGCCAGCUAAAGUUAGUGCCGAGGGUCCAGAAGUUAGUGGUGAAGUUUCUGUUGCCUCACCAGAGAUAAGUGCAGAGAUCAGUGCUGAACCACCCAAAGCUAAACUCAAAGGGGAGAAACCUAAAUCAAAAUUAGGAUCUUGCUUUGGUAAGCCCAAAGGCCCAAAAGUUGAAGGAGAAUAUAAACCAUCAAGUGUUGAUGUUGAAUGCCCAGAAGUAAGUAGUGAUGUAGGGGUUCCAUCGGCUGAAGUUAAGGGUGACAUUAAGGUUGAUUCACCUGAUGUAAGAUUUAAAGAAGGUAAACCCAAAUCAAAGUUUGGAUCCUGCUUUGGAAAACCUAAAUCGCCUGGAAUUGAAGGUGAAUACAAACCAGGAAAAAUUAGUGUAGAAGGACCUGAAGCAGAGGCAGGAGUUUCAGCCAGAUCUCCUGCUAUUAAGGGUGAUCUUGAUCUAGAGUCCCCUGAGAUAAAGGUGAAAGGCAGUAAACCAAAGUCCAAAUUUGGAUCAUGCUUUGGGAAACCAAAAAGUGGAAAGAUAGAAGGUGAAUACAAGCCAGGAAGUGUUGACAUAGAAGGUCCUGAUGUGAGUGCAGGAGCCAGUGUCAAGCCUCCUACCAUUGAAGGAGAAAUUGAUAUUGAAUCACCUGAAGUAGAAGUGAAAGGUAAGAAGGUUUCUGGAAAGCCGAAAGCCAAACUAGGAUCAUGCUUUGGCAAACCCAAAGAACCUAAAGUUAAAGGAGAAAUAGACAUUGAAGGUCCAAGAGUAGAAGGUGAAGUGCCUACUGGGAAAGCUGAAGUAGGUGUCAAGGCUCCUGAGAUGAAAGUGAAGAGUAAGAAGGUAAAAGGAAAAUCUGCUCCACUAUGUGCUUCAUGUAUUGGAAAGGCAUCACCUCCAGAUGUAGAUAUAGAUGCUGAUGUAGAACCAGGAAGCAUAAAGAUUCGUCCUGAGAAACCAAGCAUGGAAGGUAAAAUAUCAGUAGAAGGUCCAAGUAUUGAUGUUGAACCAGUAAAAGUAAACGUAAAGGGACCUUCAAUGCCUGAAGUACCAGAAAUGAAAGGUAAUUUGGAUGUAGAAGCAGAUCUACCUGAUUUUGAACCAUCCUUUAAAAUCAAGGGUGAUAUUCCAGAUAUCCCGAAAGUAGAAGCAGAAAUGGGAGGAAAAGCAGAUAUUCCAGAAAUUGAAAUCAAGGGUAAUGUGCCAGCACUUCCAAAGAUAGAGGCAAGUGUGGAUGCACCUGAAUUGAAAGUGGAAGGAGAGCUCCCAAAACUGAAAACGGAAGGUGAUAUUGACAUUGGAAUAAAUGUUCCAAGUAUAUCAGGAGAUAUUAAGGGACUGAAUAUUGAAACACCCGACUUCCCAAGUGGCAAAAUUGAAGGAGAUAUUAAGGGUGACUUACCAAGCAUUGAGAUUCCUAAAGCUGAAGUCUCUCUACCAGCAGGCCCUGAAUUACCAAGUGCAGAAAUCAAGGGAGAAUUGAAGGGUCCAGAGAUCUCAGGUUCAGCCCAAAUACCAAAGGCAGAACUAAAGACAAAGAAAGCAAAACUUGGUCCAUGUGCUUGUUUAGGCAAAUCAGGCAAAAUUGACAAAGAAGAACCAUACAUGGCUGCAGAAGCUGGAGGAAAAAUAAGUGGAGAAGUUGAAGGUGUAGAUGUGGGUGUAGAAGGACCCAAAGGUAGUGUUGCAGUAGAUGUUGAAUCACCUGAGAUAAAGGGUAAGAAAGUAAAGGCCUCAGGCAAGCCUAAGAUGUCAUUAGGAUCAUGCUUUGGGAAAGCAAAGCCACCUAGUGCCCGUGGUGAUGUAUCAGCUGAUGCUGGAGUUGAAGGAAGCAUUUCUGCUGAUCCACACCUCAAAGUUGAAGGAGCCGAUAUUGCAGGUCCAAGUGCAGAUAUUUCCCUACCAGAAGGAAAGGCUGAAGUUGAUAUUGAAUCCCCAGAAGUUAAAGUGAAAGGAAGAAAAGUAUCAGGCAAACCCAAGAUGAAAUUUGGACCCUGUUUCGGCAAAGGCAAAGAUGUAGAAGUAGAAGGUGAAUACAAACCAAGUAAAGUAGAAGUUAAAGGUCCAUCUGUCAGUGGUGAAGUCAGUGCAGCCUCACCUGAAAUGAGUGGAGACAUUAGUGUUGAAUCACCUAAAGCUAAAAUCCAAGGAGAAAAGCCUAAAUCUAAAUUAGGGUCUUGCUUUGGGAAACCCAAAAGCCCAGAAGCAGAAAUUGAAUAUAAACCUGCCAAAAUUUCAGCCGAAAGUCCAGCAAUUACUGGUGAAAUUAGUGGUGCAUCAGCUGAGAUGAAGGGUGAUGUUAAUGUUGGUUCGCCUGAUGUAAAAGUGAAAGGAGGAAAACCCAAAUCAAAGAUUGGAUCCUGUUUUGGAAAACCAAAAUCACCUGAAAUUGAAGGUGAAUACAAACCAGGAAAAAUUAGUGUAGAAGGACCCGAAGCAGAGGCAGGAGUGUCAGCCAGAUCUCCUGCUAUUAAGGGUGAUGUUGAUCUAGAGUCCCCUGAGAUAAAGGUGAAAGGCAGUAAACCAAAGUCCAAAUUUGGAUCAUGCUUUGGAAAACCAAAAAGUGGAAAGAUAGAAGGUGAAUACAAGCCAGGAAGUGUAGACAUAGAAGGUCCUGAUGUGAGUGCAGGAGCCAGUGUCAAGCCUCCUACCAUUGAAGGAGAAAUUGAUGUUGAAUCACCUGCAGUAGAAGUGAAAGGCAAGAAGGUUUCUGGAAAGCCGAAAGCCAAACUAGGAUCAUGCUUUGGAAAACCCAAAGAACCUAAAGUUAAAGGAGAAAUAGACAUUGAAGGUCCAAGAGUAGAAGGUGAAGUGCCUACUGGGAAAGCUGAAGUAGGUGUCAAGGCUCCUGAGAUGAAAGUGAAGAGUAAGAAGGUAAAAGGAAAAUCUGCUCCACUAUGUGCUUCAUGCAUAGGAAAGGCAUCACCUCCAGAUGUAGAUAUAGAUGCUGAUGUAGAACCAGGAAGCAUUAAGAUUCGUCAAGAAAAACCAAGCAUGGAAGGUAAGAUAUCAGUAGAAGGUCCAAGUAUUGAUGUUAAACCAGUAAAAGUAAACGUAAAGGGACCUUCAAUGCCUGAAGUACCAGAAAUGAAAGGUAAUUUGGAUGUGGAAGCAGAUCUACCUGAUUUUGAACCAUCCUUUAAAAUCAAGGGUGAUAUUCCAGAUAUCCCGAAAGUAGAAGCAGAAAUGGGAGGAAAAGCAGAUAUUCCAGAAAUUGAAAUCAAGGGUAAUGUGCCAGCACUUCCAAAGAUAGAGGCAAGUGUGGAUGCACCUGAAUUGAAAGUGGAAGGAGAGCUCCCAAAACUGAAAACGGAAGGUGAUAUUGACAUUGGAAUAAAUGUUCCAAGUAUAUCAGGAGAUAUUAAGGGACUGAAUAUUGAAACACCCGACUUCCCAAGUGGCAAUAUUGAAGGAGAUAUUAAGGGUGACUUACCAAGCAUUGAGAUUCCUAAAGCUGAAGUCUCUCUACCAGCAGGCCCUGAAUUACCAAGUGCAGAAAUCAAGGGAGAAUUGAAGGGUCCAGAGAUCUCAGGUUCAGCCCAAAUACCAAAGGCAGAACUGAAGGCAAAGAAAGCAAAACUUGGUCCAUGUGCUUGUUUAGGCAAAUCAGGCAAAAUUGGCAAAGAAGAACCAUACAUGGCUGCAGAAGCUGGAGGAAAAAUAAGUGGAGAAGUUGAAGGUGUAGAUGUGGGUGUAGAAGGACCCAAAGGUAGUGUUGCAGUAGAUGUUGAAUCACCUGAGAUAAAGGGUAAGAAAGUUAAGGCCUCAGGCAAGCCUAAGAUGUCAUUAGGAUCAUGCUUUGGGAAAGCUAAGCCACCUAGUGCCCGUGGUGAUGUAUCAGCUGAUGCUGGUGUUGAAGGAAGCAUUUCUGCUGAGCCACACCUCAAAGUUGAAGGAGCCGAUAUUGCAGGUCCAAGUGCAGAUAUUUCCCUUCCAGAAGGAAAGGCUGAAGUUGAUAUUGAAUCCCCAGAAGUUAAAGUGAAAGGAGGAAAAGUAUCAGGAAAACCCAAGAUGAAAUUUGGACCCUGUUUCGGCAAAGGCAAAGAUGUAGAAGUAGAAGGUGAAUACAAACCAAGUAAAGUAGAAGUUAAAGGUCCAUCUGUCAGUGGUGAAGUCAGUGCAGCCUCACCUGAAAUGAGUGGAGACAUUAGUGUUGAAUCACCUAAAGCUAAAAUCAAAGGAGAAAAGUCUAAAUCUAAAUUAGGGUCUUGCUUUGGGAAACCCAAAAGCCCAGAAGCAGAAAUUGAAUAUAAGCCUGCCAAAAUUUCAGCCGAAAGUCCUGCAAUUACUGGUGAAAUUAGUGGUGCAUCAGCUGAGAUGAAGGGUGAUGUUAAUGUUGGUUCGCCUGAUGUAAAAGUGAAAGGAGGAAAACCCAAAUCAAAGAUUGGAUCCUGUUUUGGAAAACCAAAAUCACCUGAAAUUGAAGGUGAAUACAAACCAGGAAAAAUUAGUGUAGAAGGACCUGAAGCAGAGGCAGGAGUUUCAGCAAGAUCUCCUGCUAUUAAGGGUGAUGUUGAACUAGAGUCCCCUGAGAUAAAGGUGAAAGGCAGUAAACCAAAGUCCAAAUUUGGAUCAUGCUUUGGAAAACCAAAAAGUGGAAAGAUAGAAGGUGAAUACAAGCCAGGAAGUGUAGACAUAGAAGGUCCUGAUGUGAGUACAGGAGCCAGUGUCAAGCCUCCUACCAUUGAAGGAGAAAUUGAUGUUGAAUCACCUGCAGUAGAACUGAAAGGCAAGAAGGUUUCUGGAAAGCCGAAAGCCAAACUAGGAUCAUGCUUUGGCAAACCCAAAGAACCUAAAGUUAAAGGAGAAAUAGACAUUGAAGGUCCAAGAGUAGAAGGUGAAGUGCCUACUGGGAAAGCUGAAGUAGGUGUCAAGGCUCCUGAGAUGAAAGUGAAGAGUAAGAAGGUAAAAGGAAAAUCUGCUCCACUAUGUGCUUCAUGUAUUGGAAAGGCAUCACCUCCAGAUGUAGAUAUAGAUGCUGAUGUAGAACCAGGAAGCAUAAAGAUUCGUCCUGAGAAACCAAGCAUGGAAGGUAAAAUAUCAGUAGAAGGUCCAAGUAUUGAUGUUGAACCAGUAAAAGUAAACGUAAAGGGACCUUCAAUACCUGAAGUACCAGAAAUGAAAGGUAAUUUGGAUGUGGAAGCAGAUCUACCUGAUUUUGAACCAUCCUUUAAAAUCAAGGGUGAUAUUCCAGAUAUCCCGAAAGUAGAAGCAGAAAUGGGAGGAAAAGCAGAUAUUCCAGAAAUUGAAAUCAAGGGUAAUGUGCCAGCACUUCCAAAGAUAGAGGCAAGUGUGGAUGCACCUGAAUUGAAAGUGGAAGGAGAGCUCCCAAAACUGAAAACGGAAGGUGAUAUUGACAUUGGAAUAAAUGUUCCAAGUAUAUCAGGAGAUAUUAAGGGACUGAAUAUUGAAACACCCGACUUCCCAAGUGGCAAAAUUGAAGGAGAUAUUAAGGGUGACUUACCAAGCAUUGAGAUUCCUAAAGCUGAAGUCUCUCUACCAGCAGGCCCUGAAUUACCAAGUGCAGAAAUCAAGGGAGAAUUGAAGGGUCCAGAGAUCUCAGGUUCAGCCCAAAUACCAAAGGCAGAACUAAAGACAAAGAAAGCAAAACUUGGUCCAUGUGCUUGUUUAGGCAAAUCAGGCAAAAUUGGCAAAGAAGAACCAUACAUGGCUGCAGAAGCUGGAGGAAAAAUAAGUGGAGAAGUUGAAGGUGUAGAUGUGGGUGUAGAAGGACCCAAAGGUAGUGUUGCAGUAGAUGUUGAAUCACCUGAGAUAAAGGGUAAGAAAGUUAAGGCCUCAGGCAAGCCUAAGAUGUCAUUAGGAUCAUGCUUUGGGAAAGCUAAGCCACCUAGUGCCCGUGGUGAUGUAUCAGCUGAUGCUGGUGUUGAAGGAAGCAUUUCUGCUGAGCCACACCUCAAAGUUGAAGGAGCCGAUAUUGCAGGUCCAAGUGCAGAUAUUUCCCUACCAGAAGGAAAGGCUGAAGUUGAUAUUGAAUCCCCAGAAGUUAAGGUGAAAGAAGGAAAAGUAUCAGGCAAACCCAAGAUGAAAUUUGGACCCUGUUUCGGCAAAGGCAAAGACGUAGAAGUAGAAGGUGAAUACAAACCAAGUAAAGUAGAAGUUAAAGGUCCAUCUGUCAGUGGUGAAGUCAGUACAGCCUCACCUGAAAUGAGUGGAGACAUUAGUGUUGAAUCACCUAAGGUUAAAAUCAAAGGAGAAAAACCCAAAUCCAAACUAGGAUCCUGCUUUGGAAAGCCAAAAGGUCCAGAAGUUGAGGGUGAAUAUGAUCCUGCUAAACUAGAUGUUGAAGGUCCAGAAGUUAGAGGUGGAGUAGGUGUUUCUUCACCGGAGGUCACAGGGGAUAUUAAUGUUGAGUCUCCAGAUGUGAAAGUCAAAGCAGGAAAACCAAAAGCAAAGUUAGGAUCCUGUUUCGGUAAACCUAAAUCACCUGAAGUUGAGGGUACAUAUAAACCAGGAAAAGUUAGUGUAGAAGGACCCGAAGCAGAGGCAGGAGUUUCAGCCAGAUCUCCUGCUAUUAAGGGUGAUCUUGAUCUAGAGUCCCCUGAGAUAAAGGUGAAAGGCAGUAAACCAAAGUCCAAACUUGGAUCAUGCUUUGGGAAACCAAAAAGUGGAAAGAUAGAAGGUGAAUACAAGCCAGGAAGUGUAGACAUAGAAGGUCCUGAUGUGAGUGCAGGAGCCAGUGUCAAGCCUCCUGCCAUUGAAGGAGAAAUUGAUGUUGAAUCACCUGCAGUAGAAGUGAAAGGUAAAAAGGUUUCUGUAAAGCCGAAAGCCAAACUAGGAUCAUGCUUUGGCAAACCCAAAGAACCUAAAGUUAAAGGAGAAAUAGACAUUGAAGGUCCAAGAGUAGAAGGUGAAGUGCCUACUGGGAAAGCUGAAGUAGGUGUCAAGGCUCCUGAGAUGAAAGUGAAGAGUAAGAAGGUAAAAGGAAAAUCUGCUCCACUAUGUGCUUCAUGCAUUGGAAAGGCAUCACCUCCAGAUGUAGAUAUAGAUGCUGAUGUAGAACCAGGAAGCAUUAAGAUUCGUCCUGAAAAACCCAGCAUGGAAGGUAAAAUAUCAGUAGAAGGACCAAGUAUUGAUGUUGAACCAGUAAAAGUAAAAGUAAAGGGACCUUCAAUACCUGAAGUACCAGAAAUGAAAGGUAAUAUGGAUGUGGAAGCAGAUCUACCUGAUUUUGAACCAUCCAUUAAAAUCAAGGGUGAUAUUCCAGAUAUCCCAAAAGUAGAAGCAGAAAUGGGAGGAAAAGCAGAUAUUCCAGAAAUUGAAAUCAAGGGUAAUGUGCCAGCACUUCCAAAGAUAGAGGCAAGUGUGGAUGCACCUGAAUUGAAAGUGGAAGGAGAGCUCCCAAAACUGAAAACGGAAGGUGAUAUUGACAUUGGAAUAAAUGUUCCAAGUAUAUCAGGAGAUAUUAAGGGACUGAAUAUUGAAACACCCGACUUCCCAAGUGGCAAAAUUGAAGGAGAUAUUAAGGGUGACUUACCAAGCAUUGAGAUUCCUAAAGCUGAAGUCUCUCUACCAGCAGGCCCUGAAUUAUCAAGUGCAGAAAUCAAGGGAGAAUUGAAGGGUCCAGAGAUCUCAGGUUCAGCCCAAAUACCAAAGGCAGAACUGAAGACAAAGAAAGCAAAACUUGGUCCAUGUGCUUGUUUAGGCAAAUCAGGCAAAAUUGGCAAAGAAGAACCAUACAUGGCUGCAGAAGCUGGAGGAAAAAUAAGUGGAGAAGUUGAAGGUGUAGAUGUGGGUGUAGAAGGACCCAAAGGUAGUGUUGCAGUAGAUGUUGAAUCACCUGAGAUAAAGGGUAAGAAAGUUAAGGCCUCAGGCAAGCCUAAGAUGUCAUUAGGAUCAUGCUUUGGGAAAGCAAAGCCACCUAGUGCCCGUGGUGAUGUAUCAGCUGAUGCUGGUGUUGAAGGAAGCAUUUCUGCUGAGCCACACCUCAAAGUUGAAGGAGCCGAUAUUGCAGGUCCAAGUGCAGAUAUUUCCCUACCAGAAGGAAAGGCUGAAGUUGAUAUUGAAUCCCCAGAAGUUAAGGUGAAAGAAGGAAAAGUAUCAGGCAAACCCAAGAUGAAAUUUGGACCCUGUUUCGGCAAAGGCAAAGACGUAGAAGUAGAAGGUGAAUACAAACCAAGUAAAGUAGAAGUUAAAGGUCCAUCUGUCAGUGGUGAAGUCAGUACAGCCUCACCUGAAAUGAGUGGAGACAUUAGUGUUGAAUCACCUAAGGUUAAAAUCAAAGGAGAAAAACCCAAAUCCAAACUAGGAUCCUGCUUUGGAAAGCCAAAAGGUCCAGAAGUUGAGGGUGAAUAUGAUCCUGCUAAACUAGAUGUUGAAGGUCCAGAAGUUAGAGGUGGAGUAGGUGUUUCUUCACCGGAGGUCACAGGGGAUAUUAAUGUUGAGUCUCCAGAUGUGAAAGUCAAAGCAGGAAAACCAAAAGCAAAGUUAGGAUCCUGUUUCGGUAAACCUAAAUCACCUGAAGUUGAGGGUACAUAUAAACCAGGAAAAGUUAGUGUAGAAGGACCCGAAGCAGAGGCAGGAGUUUCAGCCAGAUCUCCUGCUAUUAAGGGUGAUCUUGAUCUAGAGUCCCCUGAGAUAAAGGUGAAAGGCAGUAAACCAAAGUCCAAACUUGGAUCAUGCUUUGGGAAACCAAAAAGUGGAAAGAUAGAAGGUGAAUACAAGCCAGGAAGUGUAGACAUAGAAGGUCCUGAUGUGAGUGCAGGAGCCAGUGUCAAGCCUCCUGCCAUUGAAGGAGAAAUUGAUGUUGAAUCACCUGCAGUAGAAGUGAAAGGUAAGAAGGUUUCUGUAAAGCCGAAAGCCAAACUAGGAUCAUGCUUUGGCAAACCCAAAGAACCUAAAGUUAAAGGAGAAAUAGACAUUGAAGGUCCAAGAGUAGAAGGUGAAGUGCCUACUGGGAAAGCUGAAGUAGGUGUCAAGGCUCCUGAGAUGAAAGUGAAGAGUAAGAAGGUAAAAGGAAAAUCUGCUCCACUAUGUGCUUCAUGCAUUGGAAAGGCAUCACCUCCAGAUGUAGAUAUAGAUGCUGAUGUAGAACCAGGAAGCAUUAAGAUUCGUCCUGAGAAACCCAGCAUGGAAGGUAAAAUAUCAGUAGAAGGACCAAGUAUUGAUGUUGAACCAGUAAAAGUAAAAGUAAAGGGACCUUCAAUACCUGAAGUACCAGAAAUGAAAGGUAAUAUGGAUGUGGAAGCAGAUCUACCUGAUUUUGAACCAUCCAUUAAAAUCAAGGGUGAUAUUCCAGAUAUCCCAAAAGUAGAAGCAGAAAUGGGAGGAAAAGCAGAUAUUCCAGAAAUUGAAAUCAAGGGUAAUGUGCCAGCACUUCCAAAGAUAGAGGCAAGUGUGGAUGCACCUGAAUUGAAAGUGGAAGGAGAGCUCCCAAAACUGAAAACGGAAGGUGAUAUUGACAUUGGAAUAAAUGUUCCAAGUAUAUCAGGAGAUAUUAAGGGACUGAAUAUUGAAACACCCGACUUCCCAAGUGGCAAAAUUGAAGGAGAUAUUAAGGGUGACUUACCAAGCAUUGAGAUUCCUAAAGCUGAAGUCUCUCUACCAGCAGGCCCUGAAUUAUCAAGUGCAGAAAUCAAGGGAGAAUUGAAGGGUCCAGAGAUCUCAGGUUCAGCCCAAAUACCAAAGGCAGAACUGAAGACAAAGAAAGCAAAACUUGGUCCAUGUGCUUGUUUAGGCAAAUCAGGCAAAAUUGGCAAAGAAGAACCAUACAUGGCUGCAGAAGCUGGAGGAAAAAUAAGUGGAGAAGUUGAAGGUGUAGAUGUGGGUGUAGAAGGACCCAAAGGUAGUGUUGCAGUAGAUGUUGAAUCACCUGAGAUAAAGGGUAAGAAAGUAAAGGCCUCAGGCAAGCCUAAGAUGUCAUUAGGAUCAUGCUUUGGGAAAGCAAAGCCACCUAGUGCCCGUGGUGAUGUAUCAGCUGAUGCUGGUGUUGAAGGAAGCAUUUCUGCUGAGCCACACCUCAAAGUUGAAGGAGCCGAUAUUGCAGGUCCAAGUGCAGAUAUUUCCCUUCCAGAAGGAAAGGCUGAAGUUGAUAUUGAAUCCCCAGAAGUUAAAGUGAAAGGAGGAAAAGUAUCAGGCAAACCCAAGAUGAAAUUUGGACCCUGUUUCGGCAAAGGCAAAGAUGUAGAAGUAGAAGGUGAAUACAAACCAAGUAAAGUAGAAGUUAAAGGUCCAUCUGUCAGUGGGGAAGUCAGUACAGCCUCACCUGAAAUGAGUGGAGACAUUAGUGUUGAAUCACCUAAAGUUAAAAUCAAAGGAGAAAAACCCAAAUCCAAACUAGGAUCCUGCUUUGGAAAACCAAAAGGUCCAGAAGUUGAGGGUGAAUAUGAUCCUGCUAAACUAGAUGUUGAAGGUCCAGAAGUUAGAGGUGGAGUAGGUGUUUCUUCUGCAGAGGUCACAGGGGAUAUUAAUGUUGAGUCUCCGGCUGUGAAAGUCAAAGCUGGAAAACCAAAAACAAAGCUAGGAUCCUGUUUCGGUAAACCUAAAUCACCUGAAGUUGAGGGUGAAUAUAAACCUGAAAUUGAUGUUGAAGGACAUAAAGCAGGAGCCGAGGUUUCAGUCAGGGCCCCAGACGUAGAGGGUCAUAUUGAUGUAGACUCACCAGAUAUGAAGAUCAAGAGAGGAAAACCAAAGUCUAGACUGGGACCCUGCUUUGGAAAGGCAAAGGGUGAAGUAGAAAGCGAAUAUAAACCAGGAAGUGUUUCUAUAAAAGGUCCUGAUGUUGGUGCAGAAGCAAGUGUACAGAGUCCUGAUCUUGGAGCGGGAGUAAAUGUGAAAAGUCCUGGAAAUGAAGGUGAAAUUGAUAUCGAAUCACCAAAAGUGGAAGUUAAAGGCAAAAAGGUAUCUGGAAAGCCUAAAGUUAACCUUGGAUCUUGCUUUGGUAAACCCAAGGAACCAAAGAUCGAAGUGGAUAUUGAAGGCAGAGGUGCACAAGUGUCAGUAGAUGCACCAAAUGUUGCUGUUGAACCAUCGGUGAAAGUAGUUGGCCCAUCAGUACCUAGACUUCCUGAUGUGAGAGGAGACUUAGAAGUGAAAAUAGAUGAGCCAGAUUUUGAACCCUCCCUGGAAAUCAAGGGUGAUAUUCCUGAUAUACCAAAAGUUAAGGCAGAAAUAGGUGGCAAAGCAAAUAUACCGGAAAUUGAAAUGCAGGGGAGUGUUCCAAAGCUUCCUGAAAUUAAAGCAACUAUUGGUUCACCUGAACUAAAGACCGAGGGGGAUGUUGGUUUUGGGGUAAGUGCUCCAAGUAUUUCAGGAGAUAUCAAGGGUGAUAUUCCCAAAGUUGAAGUCACUGUACCAUCGGGCCCUGCAUUACCAAGCACAGAAAUUAAAGGUGAGAUUAAGAGCCCAGCUUUAUCAGGUUCAGCAGAGAUACCAAAGGCUGAAAUAAAGACAAAGAAGGCAAAACUUGGUCCCUGCACUUGCAUGGGCAAAUCAGGCAAAGAAGAGCCAUAUAUAGCAGCAGGAGGAGGGAAAAUAAGUGGAGAAGUUGAAAGCAUAGAUGCAGGCAUUGAAAGACCAAAAGGCAAUAUUUCAGUUGAGGUGGAUUCUCCUGAGAUAAAGAACAAAAAGGUUAAGGCCUCAGGAAAGCCUAAGAUGUCAUUAGGAUCUUGCUUUGGUAAAGGAAAGCCUCCUAGUGGAGAAAUUUCAACUGGCCUUGAUGUAGAUGUAAAGCCAGAUCAACCUGACUUUGAAAUCUCUGCCGAGGCUCCAGUUCCACCAAUGCGAAAGGGAAAGAAAUUUAAGGUUAAAUCUCCAGAUAUUGAUAUGAAUAUGGGAAGCAUAGAUAUAAAUGCUGAUGUUCCAGAAGUUGGAGGAAUAGAUGUUUCUGGUAUUGGAAUGAAGGCAGUUGGACCAGAUAUCAAUGGAAGUCUUGAUAUGCCAGAAUUUGAAGGCCGUAUAAAAAGCCCACAUGUAAAGAGUAGUAUUGAUAUUCCAGAAGUUGAAGGCAAGAUCGAUAUGCCUGAAAUUAAAGGUAGUGGAGAAAUCGAAGGAUAUGGUGGUAAGAUAACUAUGCCACAUAUCAAAGGAAAUACUGACAUUCCAGGAUUAAGUGGCAAAAUUAGCAUGCCAGAAGUGAAUGGAAAUGUUGAUAUUCCAUCCUUUGGAAGCAAAAUUGAUAUGCCAGAUCUUAAUGGUAAAGCGGAUAUUCAAGGAUUUAGAGGCAAGGUUGACAUGCCAGAAAUCAAGGGCAAGGUAGACAUGCCAGAAAUCAAGGGCAGUGCUGAAAUGCCAGGCUUUGGAGGCAAGGUAGACAUGCCAGAAAUCAAGGGCAGUGUUGGAAUGCCAGGCUUUGGAGGCAAGUUUGACAUGCCAGAAAUCAAGGGCAGUGUUGGAAUGCCAGGCUUUGGAGGCAAGGUUGACAUGCCAGAAAUCAAGGGCAGUGCUGAAAUGCCAGGCUUUGAAGGCAAGGUAGACAUGCCAGAAAUCAAGGGCAGUGUUGGAAUGCCAGGCUUUGGAGGCAAGGUAGACAUGCCAGAAAUCAAGGGCAGUGCUGAAAUGCCAGGCUUUGGAGGCAAGGUAGACAUGCCAGAAAUCAAGGGCAGUGCUGAAAUGCCAGGCUUUGGAGGCAAGGUAGACAUGCCAGAAAUCAAGGGCAGUGUUGGAAUGCCAGGCUUUGGAGGCAAGUUUGACAUGCCAGAAAUCAAGGGCAGUGUUGGAAUGCCAGGCUUUGGAGGCAAGGUUGACAUGCCAGAAAUCAAGGGCAAGGUAGACAUGCCAGAAAUCAAGGGCAGUGCUGAAAUGCCAGGCUUUGGAGGCAAGGUAGACAUGCCAGAAAUCAAGGGCAGUGUUGAAAUGCCAGGCUUUGGAGGCAAGGUAGACAUGCCAGAAAUCAAGGGCAGUGUUGGAAUGCCAGGCUUUGGAGGCAAGGUAGACAUGCCAGAAAUCAAGGGCAGUGCUGAAAUGCCAGCCUUUGGAGGCAAGGUAGACAUGCCAGAAAUCAAGGGCAGUGUUGGAAUGCCAGGCUUUGGAGGCAAGGUAGACAUGCCAGAAAUCAAGGGCAGUGUUGGAAUGCCAGGCUUUGGAGGCAAGGUUGACAUGCCAGAAAUCAAGGGCAAGGUAGACAUGCCAGAAAUCAAGGGCAGUGUUGGAAUGCCCGGCUUUGGAGGCAAGGUAGACAUGCCAGAAAUCAAGGGCAGUGUUGGAAUGCCAGGCUUUGGAGGCAAGGUAGACAUGCCAGAAAUCAAGGGCAAGUUUGACAUGCCAGAAAUCAAGGGCAGUGCUGAAAUGCCAGGCUUUGGAGGCAAGGUUGACAUGCCAGAAAUUAAGGGCAGUGCUGAUAUGCCAGGCUUUGAAGGCAAGGUUGACAUGCCAGAAAUCAAGGGCAGUGUUGGAAUGCCAGGCUUUGGAGGCAAGGUAGACAUGCCAGAAAUCAAGGGCAAGGUAGACAUGCCAGAAAUCAAGGGCAGUGUUGAAAUGCCAGGCUUUGGAGGCAAGGUAGACAUGCCAGAAAUCAAGGGCAGUGUUGGAAUGCCAGGCUUUGGAGGCAAGGUAGACAUGCCAGAAAUCAAGGGCAGUGUUGGAAUGCCAGGCUUUGGAGGCAAGGUUGACAUGCCAGAAAUCAAGGGCAGUGCUGAAUGCCAGGCUUUGGAGGCAAGGUUGACAUGCCAGAAAUCAAGGGCAGUGUUGGAAUGCCAGGCUUUGGAGGCAAGUUGACAUGCCAGAAAUCAA